UCCUCUUUGUAUUUAUUUUGUUAUGUGAAGUUUUUCUACGCUUUCUCACAAGUAGCAGACUAAAUGUUCAGCACGCAUCUGUUAUUGUUUAUUAUUUUAUUAACCCUCUUUUGUCAAUUAUAUCCAGUAUGGAACAAUCGAGCAAAACAUCCGUUUGUUUGUGAGAUGUUAUUAAAACGUGACAACGUCUUAUUUUAAAAUAGGUAAAUUGUUUGACUGCUCAGUCUCAUGAAGUAUAAGUCAUGAAUAAGCGUUGUCAUGUUAUAAAAACGAGUAGAUUUUAUGUGAAAAACGUUAUCAUCCGGUGUUUAAGAGAGUGUAGCACGAUGUCGGUUUAUUUCAGAUUCUCCUGACGACAGCAGGGGUGUUUCGCCCUGCAACAGUGCCAAUCAGACCCUUGGGCGCCGUGGUUCAUACAAGACCACAUCCAGAGACCCCUCCCCUGCUCAGAGCCGUGGCAGGCCUAAGUAUCCUACUUAUAAAGGGCGCAAAUCUACUUCUAUGAUGAAUUUGUAUGGCUCGAGCGUGGAUCAAGAUAGCUUAGCGUAUCGUUACGGCGACACUGACUCGGGCCUCGGUAGGGCUACGCCUCCGAGAAGAGCGCCUUCGCCCGGCAUGGGAACGAUCCGGCAUUUGACGUCGCCGUCAGGGCCGGGCAGUUUGCCUGGCUUCAUGUCCAAGCGACGCAUAUUCGACGACGGCUCUAGCGACAUAAGCUCGACACCUAGUAGUAUGAUGGACUACACAGGUCCUCGGUUGUAUAAACAACCGACCACGAAGUCGAAUAGGGGAAUAAUGUUAAACGCCGUAGAAUACUGCGUUUUUCCGGGUGCAGUCAAUAAGGAAGCAAAGAAACGUGUCUUGGAAGAAAUCAAUCGAUCUGAAGCCAAACAUUUUCUCAUAUUGUUUCGAGACGCCGGAUGUCAAUUUCGAGCCCUUUAUUCAUACUGCCCAGAGAGGGAAGAAGUUAUGAAACUUUAUGGAACUGGUCCAAAACAAGUCAACGACAGAAUGUUCGACAAAUUCUUUAAAUAUAAUUCUGGCGGCAAAUGUUUCUCUCAAGUACACACGAAACAUUUAACGGUAACCAUUGAUGCCUUCACGAUCCACAAUUCGUUAUGGCAAGGCAAGAAAGUGAAUUUGCCGAACAAAAAGGACAUGGCACUUGUUAUAUAGUUUUGCAUUGUCUUUUUCGGCUUCUUUCUCUCAUACCGUCUUACUGUAUUUCCCCUCCCUUGUCCUCCUCCUUCAUACAACCUGUUACUUAUUGAGUCAUACUAUAAUAAUCUAUUAAUGUUUUUGUUAAUAUUAAACUAAGAGAAAAUGUUUGAAAUGUUUCGUCGAUGCGUUUGGUUCCGUUUUUCGACCAGUUAAGGACAUUUUUAUUAACAUUUUACAGAUUAAUGAACGGAAAAAGAUGGAACCGAAAAUAAAUACGAAAAAGAAAGCUAUGUACUUCUCGUACUGUGAAUAACUAGUAUCAAUAUUAAUAGUUAAUAUUACUUAUCAUGCCAAUGAAAAUUUUGUCUGAGAUAUUAGAGUUUAAUUUUUACAAUAUUAUAAGAUUUCAGAUUUUUUUUUACUUUUGUAUAUUGUAAGAAUUUUUAUGUUGUGUUUCGAUAUUUUUUGCGAGAGAAUCUGUCGAUGAUCUUAUUGUUAAAAAAUCGAUUAUUGCGAA